GCGGUGCGACGAGGUUGGUGUUUGUGCCCAGGGCGAGGGUCGUGGCGACGGCGACGAAGAAGAGGAGCGCGAAGAUGCGCGCGACGUGCUCCUUGGCGGCCGCAAUGGUCGUCGGCGGCAGGGCUGCACGGAUGGGCAGCAUUGGCCGGUGCCGCGUAUCGCGCCGUGAUCGAAAGCGUCGUCUGUCCUCACCUCGCGUCGGCGCCGCGCGACGAGCGCGCGUGUUGUGAGACCCCGAGGCCGCUCAAUUUGGCUGCGGACGGGCGCCCCGGACGCCGGCUGGAUUCGCGCGGACGCCCGGACGCCGCCAUGUCGAAACGCGACUACGAUCACCUGUUCAAGCUCGUGCUCAUCGGAGACACGGGCGUGGGCAAGUCCUGUCUUUUGCUCCGCUUCGCCGACGACGCCUUCACGGAGAGCUACAUCUCGACGAUCGGCGUCGACUUCCGCUUCCGCACGGUCAAGGUAGACGGCAAGACGGUGAAGCUGCAGAUCUGGGACACGGCGGGCCAGGAGCGGUUCCGGACGAUCACGAGCGCCUACUACCGCGGCGCCGACGGCAUCAUCAUGGUCUACGACGUGACGUCGAGCGAGUCCUUCGACCACGUCAGCGACUGGCUCACGGAGGUGAACCGCUACGCCAACGAGGGCACGUGCAAGCUCCUCGUGGGCAACAAAUGCGACAUGGAGGACAAGGUCGUCACGACCGAGGCGGCCAAGGAGUACGCCGACGGCCUCGGCAUCCCCUUCCUCGAGACGUCGGCGAAGAACGCGACGAACGUCGAGGAGGCCUUCCUCACCAUGGCCGGCGAGCUCAUCCGCCUCCGCGAGGCGAGCCAGAGCGCGAAGCCCGGCGCCGGCGGCGCGUCGGGCCUCAAGCUCUCCGGCGGCAGCUCGAGGACGAAGAAGUGCUGUCCCGCCUAGGCCGCCGCCGCGCGCCCCGCCCCGGCGCCCCCGCGCCCACGACGGCAGACUAGACCUAACCCGCCCGGGCCCAAACAUC